UUCUCUGCUUAAUUUUAUGUAAACUAAAAAACUGACCCGUUUCACAAUUCUCAACUCAACGCAGAAGCAGCAGAAAAUAAAAUAAAAUUAGAGAGAUAAAUACAUUGCAUAGUCCUCUCAUCGCCGGAAUUGCGAUCUUUUUCCUGUUUUCAUUGAUGACAGAAUCUUGUGCAUUUACCUGUCUUUUUAAUUGAGAGUUAGUGGCGGAUUCAGUAUAAUGAGGGAGAUGCAGUUGGUGCAGCAGAAGCAACGCAAAUGGAAGGGAGUGGUGCUGCUGAGGAAGUUGCUAACGUGCGCCAUAUGCUUAAUAGCUAUGAUUGCCCUCCUUUCCGUACAUUUACAAGUGCUGUUGCCUACUUCUUCUUCUUCUUCUUCCUCCGCUUCUUCUUCCGCGGCCUCUGUCAUUCCUGAUCUCAAGUUGCCCACCACCACCGCUACUUCUCAGCAGCAUGAACAAGAACAGAGCUGGAGCAGAGAGCUUACGCCGCCCCAUUUAUCAAAACCGCCUCAACCUUCUAGCCAGUUGGAUGGUGGCCGUGCGAAGGGAAAUUCUAAUUCUAAUUUCACCAAGCUAUGGAAGCCUCCUCCUAAUCGAGAUUAUCUGCCUUGUGUCGACCCUACUCCAAAUUAUACCCCUCCUGGUGAAUCAAGAGGUUACCUUCUAGUUCAUACAAAUGGUGGUCUCAAUCAGAUGCGAGCUGGGAUAUGUGAUAUGGUAGCCGUUGCUCGAAUAAUAAAUGCUACUCUUGUAGUCCCAGAAUUGGAUAAAAGGUCAUUUUGGCAAGAUUCCAGCAACUUUUCAGAUGUUUUUGAUGAAGAUCACUUUAUUGAAGCUCUAGCCAAUGAUGUAAAAGUUAUAAAAAAGCUUCCUAAGGAAAUGGCAGGCUCUCCUAAAAUAGUUAGGCAUUUUAGAAGCUGGUCUGGAAUGGACUAUUAUGAGGGGGAGAUAGCACACAUGUGGGGAGAUUAUCAGGUUAUUCGAGCUGCCAAGUCAGACUCGCGUCUGGCAAACAACAAUUUACCUGCGGACAUUCAGAAGUUGCGUUGCCGUGCUUUUUAUGAAGCCCUGCGUUUUGCACCUCGAAUUGAAGCAAUGGGGAAAAUGCUGGUGGAUCGAAUGAGGUCUUAUGGUCCUUAUAUUGCUCUGCAUUUACGAUAUGAAAAAGAUAUGCUUGCCUUUAGUGGAUGUACACAUGGUUUAUCUAGUGAUGAAGCAGAUGAGUUAAAGAAGAUCAGAGAAGAGACUGCCCACUGGAAAGUGAAGGAGAUCGAUUCUAGGGAGCAGAGAUCCAAAGGUUAUUGCCCCUUAACUCCAAAGGAGAUUGCAAUGUUCCUCAGUGCUCUUGGAUUCCCCUCAAACACCCCCAUAUAUAUUGCCUCCGGAGAGAUUUACGGAGGUGAUACUCGCAUGGCUGAUUUGCAAACUCUCUAUCCCAUCUUAAUGAGCAAGGAAAAACUGGCAUCUGUGGAGGAACUUGAACCAUUCAUUAAUCAUGCAUCUCAGAUGGCGGCACUUGACUAUAUUGUGUCAAUUGAAAGUGAUGUUUUUAUUCCGUCAUACUCUGGAAACAUGGCAAGAGCAGUUGAAGGUCAUCGCCGUUUUAUUGGGCACAGAAAGACAGUAUCUCCAGACAGGAAAGCACUUGUUCAUCUUUUUGACAAAAUUGAGCGGGGAAAACUGAGAGACAGUGAAAGUUUAUCAAAGCAGGUUAUCGAACUUCACAAACAUAGGCAAGGAUCUCCAAGGAAAAGAAAAGGUCCCAUCUCGGGAACAAAGGGCACGGAUAGGUUUCGGUCCGAAGAAGCAUUUUAUGUGAAUCCUUUACCGGAUUGUUUGUGUAGAAGACAAUCACCAAGUUUGAAUACAUCUGUUGUAAUCAGAUAGUCUACAUACUAAAGAAGAACAACCCUUCAACGAAAAGUUUGAUAGGAUGGUGAGAUUAUUGACCAAUUCGACAAGUUACCGCCUGUUGAAACUUUUCAAACUGGUUGCGCCAUUACGAGAUUUAGGAUGCGGAUUCUGUACAGCUUGAGAUUAGAUAGAGGGUCGGGCAGUUUACCUGAGAAGUAGGCGAAGAGGAUAUUUGAUUAAUUGCAAGAAGAGGAAGUAGGUAAAGUGAGGAGAGUAAGAAUAGAUGAAGAAAAAACAUUGCAGGGUGCUCGGAGAAACUGAGCCAGUAUUGACCGAAAAGGUUUCAUUGGUUGGGGAUGGAAUACUUGUCUUGUUUUAUACGAUAGUUGUUUUGUUUACCAAUCACAGUAAUAAUAUUUUCUUUUCCUCUUCA